AUGGCUAGCAAAGCUACAAUCGGCAAUCACACCGACACCAUGACUGGAUAUGUCGACUUUGCCUCGUCUAGUGAGGACGAAUUCCCCGACCUAGAUGCCGUCCUGCAAAGGAGUAAACAAUUCCGCCGACCUACCAAAGCACCUGCUCAAACAACGACCAAUAGCAUUGAUAGCGACGACGAUGCUUCACCCUCGAGACAGCUCGAAGAAGAAGCUCUUCAGUGGAAUGCAUCAAGCUCGAAAGAUUCGGAUGCCGGGAAAUCAACGGUCAAGGCUGCGCCGCCGACUGUGCGACGCCGGAAGCUUGGUGCAAGGGUAGACAACCCCUUAUUGAGGCCAUUCGGAAUUUUUUCGAGAAACGAGGGACAGAAUCUAUUCGAUAUUCCUGUCAAAUCCAAGGAGGUGCCUCGUGUAGGAGUGAGGGAGCUGCGCGUCAGAAGCCGAGACGAGACGCCGACUGGGAACCUAUCAUCAAAGUCAGACGAUGAAUCAGACGGCAGCACCAACGAGCAAACUGAAAUUACCGAGGCCGACAUUUCUGAAUUCUUUGGUGAUUCUGCAUCAGAGUUCGAGGACGAUGGGACUCCGACACUCUUUGGGCACGACUCUACGGCUUCGAGAGCUCGUGGUCCAGUAUCAGGUCACAGUCAGGAGACAACCGCGCCGAGACAGAAGGAGCGUCAGCCAGUCACAAAACCUGCACCAGAAAUCGACUUCCCAGACUCCAGGCCUAGCAGACCUCAAAAGACCACCAAAGCGAAGGAACGAAGCACCGGAAGUGUGCCCGGGAGGAAAACGAUACGGCCACAAUCAGCGAUCGUUGACCUCACUGACGAUAUGGCAGAUGCUCUUCGUCGGCUAGAUAUCACAGCCGAGCCACCAAAGAAGCAAGGCAGGGCUAGAAAAGAUGAUACUCCGCCAAAAACUCCGCCAUUGACACCGCCAAGGCCAUUCACCAAAUCACUGAUAUCCCCUAAGAAGCUCCCAGGUAUUCCAAAGACACCCCAUGGGCCUGGUAUGGAUAUGUUCUGGAGUCAGGAGUUCGUGGAUGAGUGGAACGAGGAGCACUCGCCCAAGAAACUAAUAUUGCCUCCGGCCCAAAGGAGUCCAGCGAAAAGUCCCAAAAAAGCGAAAGAACAGAAGACAAAUACGGCCAACCGGAAAGAAAGCAAGAAGGCGUUCGAGCAGAGAAAACACGACAUCGCCCAGACAUUCCUCCAAGAACUUGACGAUACCAUCACCCAGGGCAAACUGCAGUCCCUAGCCGAGUCUACAGGAGGAGUCAAGAUCCAGUGGUCGGCCAAACUCAACACCACAGCGGGAAGAGCGAACUGGAGGCGCGAAACCGUCCGUACCAAGAACGCCGACGGGUCAGAGAAAUCGGUCACGCACAAGCAUCAUGCUUCCAUUGAGCUCGCGGAGAAGGUGAUUGAUGACGAAAAUCGUCUCCUCAACGUCGUCGCACACGAGUUUUGCCAUCUGGCCAACUUCAUGGUCAACGGCAUCACUGGUAACCCGCACGGCAAAGAAUUCAAGAUCUGGGCGGUGAAGUGCUCACAGCGGUUCGGGGAUCGUGGCAUCGAGGUGACGACGAAGCACUCGUACGAGAUCGAUUUCAAGUACAUGUGGGAAUGCACCGAAUGCGGGCUCGAGUACAAGCGCCACUCUAAGAGCAUCAACCCCGAACGCCAUCGGUGUGGCUCCUGCAAGGCGCAGUUGAAGCAGACGAAACCGACACCAAGAGCCGCCGGGAAGCCGUCUGAGUAUCAGCAGUUCUUCAAGGAGCAGAUGAAAGUGGUGAAGAAGGAGCACCCUGGUAGCCAGCAGAAGGAGGUAAUGAAGAUCAUUGCAGAACGGUGGGCAAAGCGAGGUGGCAGUGCCCGGGCAACCCCCGAUUCGGAGGCGGAUGUGAACAAGGUUGGCUCUCAGCUGGUAGAUUUGACGUUGUAG